UAUGUCUCAUUGCUAAAUACUUGAAACAAAAGCACAACGACGUCGUCCAACAAAUCCCCAAAUUCGAAUUAGGCGAGCUCUGUAUCCGGCGAAAUCAAAAUCCCCCACUGUGCCAAACCCUAGAGUCGCGAUCGAAACCUCAAUCGACGUCACAGCACCGCUGUGAUUCGCAGAAAGCAAUCUCUGAAGGUUUAGCAAGAUCUCAAAUUUAACCGGAAAUGGCUAACACCAAGAGAACCCAGGUCGAUUGUGACGUUGAUGGUGAUAGUGACGUCAUCAAAAUCCAAAAACUGGGGAACGUGGAUUCAUCGCCGUCAGAACAAGCCCUGCCGGAGUUCUUGGCUUUCUCUCCGCGGCGGCCGAGAGUGGUCCUCACCCCGGAUCAGUACAAGUAUUGCUCCCAGGCUCUCAAGUUCUUCAAAGACAAGUUACAGAACCCUGGCCAGAUCAGCCUUGAGUUUGAUGAGCUAUAUGAGCAAGCUGUGAUUGAGAAGAGUUGCAAUGUGGGUCUCAGCAGUGCUAAUUGGAGGAAGAAUCGGUACGAUGAGAUCUUGCCGUUUGACGAAAACAGGGUCGUUCUGAAGGGCUCUUCCACCAGGGGAGGUGACUACAUUAAUGCCAGCUUUGUCACGACUAGCUCGUCUCGUUUCAUUGCAACACAAGGUCCACUUCCGAAUACAUAUGAGGAUUUUUGGGAGAUGGUGAUCCAGUACCGGUGCCCUGUUGUCAUUAUGCUUACUAGAUUGGAUACGGGUAAAUGUGGAGAUUAUUUUCGGGCAGAGGGUGAAAGAGAAUUCGGAAAUGUGUGUAUUGUCACAAAGUGGAUGAGAAGUAGCGAGUCUAGUGAAAGUAAUUCUUCGUUAGUGCUGCGGCUUUUGGAGGUGAGGCGUAAGGCAGGGUCAGAGGAGCCGCCUGUGUCUGUGUUGCAUGUUCACUAUCCUGAAUGGCCUGACCAUGGAGUUCCCUCAGACACAAGUGAUGUUCGUGAGAUGUUGAAAGGAUUGAUAUAUCAAGUGGCGCCACCAGAGCUUGGGCCGGUUGUGGUCCAUUGUAGUGCAGGUAUUGGGAGAACCGGAACAUAUUGCACAAUUCAUGAUACAAUGAAGAGAAUUCUUUCCGGGGAUAUGUCUGCUUUGGAUCUUGUUGGUACAAUAGCCACAUUCAGGUCUCAGCGAGAUGGAAUGGUCGAGACGCUGAAGCAAUAUCGGUUCUGUUAUUCUGCCAUCGUCGAUGAAUUGGAAGACCUCAUCUCAAAUCAUGGAGAUGAGAAUAAUUGAGUGAAUUCAGCUCAACAACAAUGGAAUGAUUUCAGCUCAAAAGAGGUGGCUGCAUCAAUAGAUAUUACAUUUCUCAUUGUGAUCAUUUCAUUCCUGGUGAAUAUUUUUCUUAGAGGCUUUUAGCCAUUGCUAGUUUCUUAUUGAUUGAAGUAACUUUGUAUAAACCAGUUCUAUUGAAAUGCCAUUACUAUGUAAUAGGUUGGUGCUGCUUCGUUAAAUGCAGCAUAGUAAUGAAAGAUGCUUUUUCGAUGUUCA